AUGCCAUUUGGCCUUACCAAUGCCCCAUCCACUUUUGAAGCUCUCAUGAAUGACAUUUUCAAAGACCAUCUCAGGAAGUUCAUUUUUGUCUUCUUUGAUGACAUUUUGGUCUACAGUCAUUCCUUGGAUGAUCACUUGCUUCACCUACAAACUACAUUGGAGCUCCUUAGAAGCCACCAACUGAAAACAAAUUUAUCAAAAUGCUCAUUUGGCCAAUCUGAGAUUGAGUAUCUGGGAUACAUCAUUACUGGCAGUGGAGUUAUGGCUGACCCUGCAAAAAUAUCUGUCAUGGUGGAAUGGCCUACACCAACUAACAUCAAGGCUUUGAGGGGAUUUUUGGGACUCACGGGAUAUUAUAGGAAAUUUUUAAAGGACUAUGGAACUAUCAGCAGACCCCUUACUGAUCUUUUGAAAAAAGAUGCUUUCAAGUGGUCUCCUGAAGCAAAUUCAGCUUUCAUUAAACUCAAGCAGGCAAUGUCCACCACACAUGUUCUGGAUUUACCUGAUUUCAGUAAGCAAUUCAUACUUGAAGCUGAUGCCUGUGACUUGGGAACUGGAGUUGUCCUUAUGCAAGAGGGCAUAGCUAUUGCUUUUCACAACAAACCACUUGGACCAAGAGUUGUUGCCUUGUCCACUUAUGAGAAAGAACUUCUAGCAAAUGUGCAGUACAAGAAGCGAUCAUACAACGUAGUGGUUGAUGCGCUAUCUAGAAGAGCUCAUUUACAUGCCACAUGCUCAACAUUGUCCCUAUCUCAGCCAGCUUGGGCACAUGAACUUAUUGCUAGCUAUACUGAUGAUCCUCAAGCUCAACAUAUUAUUGCUCAUCUCACAAUUACCCCUGAACAUGCCCCAAAUUAUACUUACACCAAUGGGGUUUUGAGAUACAAAAAUAGACUAUAUGUGGGCAGCUCUUCCACAACAAAGUCCAAAAUUUUGAACUCAAUUCAUUCUUCAGUUGUGGGGGCCAUUCAGAGACAUAAAGGGGGACACACAUUUCCUGCUGGUCUCCUGCAACCAUUACCCAUACCUGAACAUGCUUGGCAACACAUAUCAAUGGACUUCAUUGAUGAGAGGAAAUCUGUUAUUUUGGUGGGGGUUGACAGAUUGACAAAGUAUAGCCACUUCAUUAGCUUACAUCAUCCUUUCACUGCUUCUUCUGUUGCAAGGGAGUUCAUUACUCAUAUUUUCAAGCUUCAUGGUCUUCCAUCUUCUAUUGUGUCUGACAGAGACAAAAUCUUCACCAGUAACUUUUGGCAAGACUUAUUUAAAGCUCUGGGCACUCGGAUAAAACUCAGUACAACCUACCAUCCACAGACUGAUGGUCAAACUGAGAGAAGGGAUGCUAUGCUUGACUUACUCAAAGAAGCUAUACAUAAAUCUCAAGAGAGGAUGAAAUUCUUUGCUGAUAAAAAGAGGUAUGACAGAGUGUUCUCUGUAGGGGACAAAGUUUACUUGAAGCUUCAAUCUUAUAAGCAAUCUUUUGUGGCUCUCAUGAGGAACUUGAAACUGGCAGCAAAGUACUAUAGCCCAUUUACUAUCAUACAACAGAUUGGUCAUGUAUCUUACAAACUCCAAUUACCAGCUAAAUCCAGAAUUCAUAAUGUUUUUCAUGUCUCCCAUCUGAAGCAGCACAUUGGUGUCACUCACAUUCCAUCUCCAACACUGCAUGUUUUAGAUUCAGAUGGUCAGUAUCUUGUCAUCCAUGUUGCUGCUCUAUCCUCAAGAACUAUUUUUCGCGAUGGUAUUUCUGUACCUCAACUGCUUAUCUAG